AUGACGCUCGCCAGCAUCCUCACCGUGGCGGGCAUCCUCCUGCUCUUCGUCUUCUUCGCCUUCGGCAUCAUCGCCCUCCAGUACUGCAUCAACGCCUGGGACAGGGAAAGCCAGCAGAGAGAGCAAAGCCGCCGGCGGCGGCGCCGUGGUCCGCGGCCGGCCGCCGGUGGUAGCAGCGGUGGGACGCGGGCCAGCAGGGGCGUCGACCCGGAGCUGCUGCGCUCGCUGCCUGUCACGGUGUACCACGGUUCGGACAAGGGGCAGCGGUACGCGGUGGAGUGCGCCGUGUGCCUCGCCGAGCUCCAGGACGGCGAGGAGGCCCGGUUCUUGCCCCGCUGCGGCCACGGCUUCCACGCCGAGUGCGUCGACAUGUGGCUCGCCUCCCACACCACCUGCCCGCUCUGCCGGCUCACCGUCUCCAAGCCCGACGACGUAUCUCCUCAUCCGGUGCCUUCCUGCUUGGCUCUUCCGCCCGUCCCGCCGGAGCCCGCGAACUACGCCACCGCCAACCUGCCCGCCAGCGUGCUUCUCUGGGUGUCUGACCAUGGCGCCGUCACCGCUGGCACUGGCUCCUCCACGGCCGCCAUGGUGAUCGAGAUCCCGGAGUUGGCCGUGCCGAUACCGACGCUGACCCCGUGCGACGCUGCCAAGUCACCGGGAUCUGCGAGGCUGAGAUCGAUCAGGAGGCUCUGGAGCUUCGGAAGGCAAGGUGCGGGGGCGACUUCUUCCUGCUACUGUGCCGGUGCAGGUGCGAGCGAAGGAGUCGACUUGGAGCAGGGCAUCAGCUAG